AAAUCGGACAACGUACCUACUCACAAUUACCUCUCAAUAUGUCUGCAAUUCGCCAAAACUACCACGAAGAUUGUGAAGCUGCUAUCAACAAGCAAAUCAACAUGGAACUUUACGCAAGCUACGUCUAUCAACAAAUGGCUUAUCAUUUUGACCGGGAUGAUGUUGCAUUGGAAGGAUGUCAUAAGUUUUUCAAGCAUCAAUCAGACGAGGAAAGAGAACAUGCAGAAAAGUUGAUGAAGUAUCAAAACUCACGAGGUGGGCGCAUUGUGCUUCAUGAUAUCAAGGCCCCCGCAGCCAAUGACUGGGCGAAUCACAUUGCUGCAUUGGAAGCUGCUUUGAUACUUGAAAGAAAGGUGAAUGAUUCCUUGAUUGCAAUCCACAAAACUAGUGAUGAAAAGAAUGACUACCAUCUAAGUGAUUUCUUGGAAUCAGAAUUUUUGGAUGAACAAGUACAGUCAAUCAACGAGAUCAGUAAACUGAUCACCAAGGCUAAGCUUUGUGGCACUGGACUUGGUACCUUCCAAUUUGAUAAAUUGGAGAUUGGCAGCGACUGAUUUCUGAUUUUUGUAACAAUGAUUCGAGGACUAAAAAUCAUUAUGUACACCACUGUUUGUAUAAGAAUAUAAAAUGUAUAUGCUGUUU